CGAGCCGGGAGAGCCGGGAGAGCCGCUGCGGGAGCUGCCCUCCCUUCCCGCGGGGGACUCGCCCAGGCGCUAUCCGAGUGGAGGUUGGGAGCAUUUGCAGCAGAAUUUUUGGCUUUCCCUCCCCCUCCAUACAUUCCCCCCUCCUGCUCCUUUUCCAGUUUUUCUGCUUCCCGGGAAGUGAAUUGCUGAUGCCAAGAGGACUUUAUUCAUUAAUGAUGCAACCGGAUUCGUUUCAGGAUUAUGUUGCACGAAAUUGAAUUUUGAAUGAAGGAUUUUUUUUUUUGUGAAAGAAAGUGUUGACUCUUUAGUUCGUUGUACUUUUAAUUAUUAUUUUAUUUAAGUAUACAGUUUAAUUGUAUUAUUCUCUUAAAAAUAUUAAAUCUAUAUUUUAUGGAAACUUACCCUCAAGAUAUAUAUGUUCAUGGGUGAAAUUGAAGACGCUUCCGUUAAGUGAAGUGACUGGCGUGUUGGAUGUUUAAUUCAGCACCGGCAUUGCAUGACAGUUGUUGAAAUAACAAGUGGUUUGUUUUUUAAAACCACACCGUUAAAAUUUUAGGUUCAGGUAGUAACAGUAGACAUCGUAAGGGCCAUUAAAAGAAAACCAGCAGAAAUCGAAGCAAACAUGUCCGGGGAAGUACGUCUGAGGCAGUUGGAGCAGUUUAUUUUAGAUGGGCCAGCUCAGACCAAUGGGCAGUGCUUCAGUGUGGAGACGUUGCUGGACAUACUCAUCUGUCUUUAUGAUGAAUGCAAUAAUUCUCCAUUGAGAAGAGAAAAGAACAUUCUUGAAUAUCUGGAAUGGGCUAAACCAUUUACUUCUAAAGUGAAGCAAAUGCGAUUACACAGAGAAGACUUUGAAAUAUUAAAGGUGAUUGGUCGAGGAGCUUUUGGGGAGGUUGCUGUAGUUAAACUGAAAAAUGCAGAUAAAGUAUUUGCCAUGAAAAUUCUGAACAAGUGGGAGAUGCUGAAAAGAGCUGAGACAGCAUGCUUUCGUGAAGAGAGGGAUGUGCUGGUGAACGGGGACAACAAGUGGAUAACGACUCUGCACUACGCCUUCCAGGAUGACAACAACUUAUACCUGGUUAUGGAUUAUUAUGUUGGUGGGGAUUUACUCACUCUGCUCAGCAAAUUUGAAGAUAGAUUGCCUGAAGACAUGGCUCGGUUUUACUUGGCUGAGAUGGUAAUAGCCAUUGACUCAGUUCAUCAGCUCCACUAUGUACACAGAGACAUUAAACCUGACAAUAUAUUGAUGGACAUGAAUGGACAUAUUCGGUUAGCAGAUUUUGGUUCUUGUCUGAAGCUGAUGGAAGAUGGAACGGUCCAGUCCUCAGUGGCAGUUGGAACUCCAGAUUAUAUUUCUCCUGAAAUCCUUCAAGCUAUGGAAGAUGGAAAAGGCAGAUACGGCCCUGAGUGUGACUGGUGGUCUUUGGGGGUCUGUAUGUAUGAGAUGCUUUAUGGAGAAACACCAUUCUAUGCUGAGUCUCUGGUGGAGACAUAUGGAAAAAUCAUGAAUCACAAAGAGAGGUUUCAGUUUCCACCCCAAGUGACUGAUGUGUCUGAAAAUGCUAAGGAUCUUAUUCGAAGACUCAUUUGUAGUAGAGAACAUCGACUUGGCCAAAAUGGAAUAGAAGACUUUAAGAAACAUCCAUUUUUCAGUGGAAUUGAUUGGGAUAAUAUUCGAAACUGUGAAGCACCUUAUAUUCCAGAAGUUAGUAGCCCAACAGAUACAUCAAAUUUUGAUGUGGAUGAUGACUGUUUAAAAAAUUCUGAAACAAUGCCUCCACCAACACACGCUGCAUUUUCUGGCCAUCACCUACCAUUUGUUGGUUUUACAUAUACUAGUAGCUGUGUUCUUUCUGACCGGAGCUGUUUGAGGGUAACAGCAGGUCCCACUUCACUGGAUCUUGAUGUAAAUGUCCAGAGGACUCUAGAUAAUAACUUAGCAACUGAAGCUUAUGAAAGAAGAAUUAAGCGGCUGGAACAGGAAAAGCUUGAACUUACUAGAAAACUUCAAGAGUCAACGCAGACUGUUCAAGCUCUGCAAUAUUCAACUGUUGAUGGUCCACUAACAGCAAGCAAAGACUUAGAAAUUAAAAGCCUGAAAGAAGAGAUUGAAAAACUAAGGAAACAAGUAUCAG